AUGGAAUCUCCAAGAUAUUUGAUUUCACAAAAUAAAAUUGAAGAAGCGAAAGAAACAUUACAAAAAUUAAGAAAAGGAUAUAACAUUGAUUUAGAAUUUGAAGAAAUUAUUCAGGGACAAUCCAAAAAACAGAUUAAUGCUAUUAAUGAUGUUAAUAUCGAGAAAGAUGAUCAACAUGGAAUAAAGAAAUCGGCUUCAUUUAAAGAGCUUUUACAAGAUUCAUAUU